AGCGAUCUUCUUAUUUGUCGCUCUCCCGCUCAUAGUUUUAGCAGUGCUUCAUGUGCGCGUUCUCAUUGUGUUGUUUUCGCAUGCAAAUAAAUUGUAACUGUUGUUUUGCAGUCCCACUCACGCAUCAAAAUAACUGCAACCACAGGGUACAAUAAAUAAAAGCUUGUAAAUAUACUCCGCAGCUGCAUAAAUACAUUUGUUGGUCACCAGAUUUGCCAUUACUGAAGCGGACUGAUAAUUCCGUUGCUGAUGCAACUGACGCGUUCCCAGGCAAAGAGCAAAGCAUUCCUCCUAGCAAAGGAGUCUCUUGAAAUUCCAAAUGGCAAUGAAUGCCGCAAAAGAGAUGGAGCCGACUGAAUUUGAGGUUCUCGAAAGCAUACCCAAAGAUCCUGACACUGGCAGGUUUAUCGGACAGGCACGGUAUCUGAAACUGGAGAUAGCAUCCGUCGUGCAGGGUGUCCGACGCUUCCUACACGGUGUGGUCGCCAUGGAGACAUUCACCGGAGACGUGGUGCUAGAGGACUGUGUCGAGAUGACCGCCAACACUGUGCUCCACUACCAUGGCAUCGUUAAGGUGCCACGUUCAUGCAUACUCAAAUUUAUAUACCCAAAACACUUUUUUGGACAACAAUAAUUCUCAAGUGCAUCCACGGAUAAAAGUUUCUCAUUCGUGGCUCAUCAAUUUGUAUCGCUCGCCGCCGGCAAUGAUUGUCAUAAAAUACGAUGGAAAUAAACAAUUAAAAUGAACCCUCAAAAUGUAAUCAAAAACAACAAAUAAAAUCGCGACAGCAAAUGCUAAGCAAAUAACUAUCAAUGGCCGAAGCUGGAGAUACACUUGAAGAUUUAAUACGCUAAAUCCAAAGUCCCACGAAUGGUUCAUGUAUGUACAUAUGUGUAUGUUAGUGUAUCUAUGUGAAUCACAGAUCUGUAUAUUGCCCGCUCUCUAUGGCAAAAAAUUCAUCGAUUGCGCUCUAACCUUUGGAAGGGCAUUCAAAACUAUCAA